AUGGCGCAAAACCAAGAUCCAUUCAGCUUACAGUUUGGCCCGAUGAUUCCGGCGGGUUCUGUAACCUCUCAACCAGACGAGGUGGCACCCGCACUCCCUCCACGCCCGAAGCGUCGGCCGGUAAAUGCUGCUACCUCUCAGCCCCCGGGCGACCCCAGUCCGCCACCCUUAGUAACUCAAAGCUCUCAAUUCGGGGGGCGGGGGAUUAACCCACCAAAUCCAUUGCCAUCGUUUGCAACACCCAACUUUAAUGGCGCCGCUCCUGGCUAUGGCGCUGUUUCCCCCGCAUUCUCCGCACAGGUAGCUGCGAGGCCUCUUGAAGGCCAGCUUAACCAGGUGGUUGUCAAUGGAGUUAAACUUGGACAAGCAGACCUGCUUGCCCUCCAGGCCGUAGUUGGUCCUAUUUUGCCUGGGUCUUACUGGUACGACCGCGUCAGCGGAGCAUAUGGCAUGGCCGGAGGGCCUUGCAACGGUUUCCUUUCGGCGAACCUGUCUCUAGGCGGCGGGCCACUCGCCUCAGACGCCUCGGGAUGCACCGGUACCCGAGUCUUCAUUAACGGCCGCGAGAUACACACCAUCGAUGUCAUGGGCCUGCAGAGAAUGGGAGCAGUUGUGAUGCAAGGCCGCUGGUGGCUCAAUGCAGAUGGGAGUUACGGCCCUGAGGGAAGCUUUGUUAUUCUCGGUAAAUUGAGGCUGCAGGCUAAUGCUGCGAACAAUGCUGGGGGAGCCCACAGCUGGUCGACGGGAAUGGGUCAUUAUGGUGGCAGUGACGGUCAGGGAUUCAGCUAUGUCGGAGGUCCUGGAUGGUCGUGGAGCAGCGGCUGA